AUGGCCACACAGCAGCACGACGACGACCUCCACGAGGGCACGCCCGGCUACAAGCUGUCCCAGCCGAAGCAGAGCCUGGCGACUUACCAGCAAAUGGAUGCCGGCGACGAAUCCUUGCAGCGCUACAAGGAGUCCCUCGGCCUCGGCGGCGGCAAGGACCUGAGCGACCCGUCGGAUGCCCGCGUCUGCAUCAUCCAGAGCCUGACGCUCGAGUCGCCCGGCCGCGAGCCCGUGACGAUCGACCUGAGCGUGCCCGGCUCGGAGGCCACGCUCAAGGACCACCCGUUCACCAUCAAGGAGGGCUCGCGGUUCACCAUGGUGGCGACGUUCAAGGUGCAGCACGAGGUGCUGAGCGGCCUGCGCUACGUGCAGGUGGUGAAGCGCAAGGGCGUGCGCGUGGGCAAGGACAGCGAGAUGCUGGGCAGCUACGCGCCCAACACGGACAAGCAGCCGCUGUACACGAAGCGCUUCCAGGAGGACGAGGCACCGAGCGGCAUGCUGGCGCGCGGCCACUACGUCGCGUCGUCGAGCUUUGUGGACGACGACAAGAAGACGCACCUGGCGUUUGAGUGGAGCUUUGACAUUGCCAAGGACUGGUAG